ACUGCGUCGAACGUGCGCGUACUUUGAAUUUAGAAAAAAGUAAAUAAAAGAAAAAAAUCAACUGUCAAAUCGCGCGGCAAUUUUGACAGUUAAAAAGUUUACAGUAAAUUAGUUUUUUUUUGUUUACGAUUGAGUUAUAAACAAAAAAAAUUAGUGAAUUUUAUGAAUAAUACUCAAAUAAUUUAAACCAAAUCGAAUUACCUACUCAGAAAAUAAACUAGAAAAAUUUAAACAAAUCCAAUUCUGUGUGUUAUCAAUAAUAAUAAAACAGUGAAUUAGUGAAGACAAACAGUUCAAAGUAACAGCAACUCAACAUCGUUUUAACUAAAUAACUCAACUUUGUUUUACAACAAAUCUACGUGUACUCAACAUUCGAAACGGCAUCUCAACUUUGCGUGAACUCAACUUUUCCAACGCUUCUCAACACUAAAAGUUGAGUCGACUCAACUUUUUCUAAACCUAAAUAAACAGUAAUCAAUGAACUCUUGACAAUGGAUAAGCUAGUAAAGAGAGUUAAAAUAUGGGGCGUCUCCAGGAAGCCGUCGAACCCUGAACUGAGCAGGAGUCAAUAUUCCCUGGUAUCAAGUGGUGAGCUUACUGCAGAGGCACUACAAGUAUGGCUGAAACUACCCAAGAAGAUCAAGUAUGAUCCCGAUUUGGAGCCCUUUCAGAAACGAUAUGAAAAAGAGAUUGCAACAAAUUCAAUUAACAUAAAAGCAAACGGCUCAGCGGAGACCAAACGUCUGCCGCUCGUGAAGUCCGCGCCGCAUCUGAACAACAAUCGAACGGACGAGGUCAGCCAUGACACUAAGGGGCUCGGUGUUGACGUCAUACCGGGUAAAGAUGAUGGACUGGACAACAAACCAUCGAAGAAACAAAGUAAGAUGGCCCACGCGGGGCAUUACAUAAAGAUGACUUGCCUCCUCGCCUGCUGGUGUUUCUUCACUCUUGCGUUCAUGUUAUUUAAUGAGAGGGAAGUCAUUAUUAUGAACACUUCGGUCAAUCCUGAUCAAGUAAAGACUUAUAACCUUAAUUCAUCAAUGGGAGAUGAUUUCGUAAUACAAAUCCGACUCAAAGGACCAUUUUUAACGGAACAAAUGGAGAGUCAAAUGAAUUCAACUGAGUUUGAGAAAUCGCAGAAACUUUACGUUUGGUUGGAGGAGUUUUAUGAUGGGAGGAGUGUGAAGGUAUCAGAGGAAUGGCUAGUACCGCUCCAAGAUGGCGGCCUUGAUUUCAACGAGGGCGAAUCACGUUCCUCCAUAUUACGACUUUCGACCAAUCACAGCGCAAAUAUCGCGUUACGUAUGAAAUUAACAGCCAAUGAGAGUGCCCCAUUUACUCUGAGUUAUACGAUAAAUCCAAUAGAUGUGAAUACAGGAGUUAUUUAUGCGUGUGCGCUGUUGUGUGGAUUGUACGUGUUGAUUAUUUUUGAGGUGGUAAACAGAACAAUGGCAGCUGUAAUCAUAGCUACCACUGCUCUAGCCACCAUCACAGUGAUGGGCGAAAGACCCUCCCUGCCUGAACUGAUCUCCUGGCUAGACGUGGAAACGCUGCUGCUGCUCUUCAGCAUGAUGAUCCUGGUGGCUAUCAUGGCGGAGACGGGGAUGUUCGAUUUCCUUGCUGUGUUCACUUUUGAGGUAACAAAAGGAAAGCUAUGGCCGCUCAUUACCGUUCUUUGCGCGAUCACAGCCUUUCUCUCUACCUUCUUGGACAAUGUGACAACAGUUUUAUUGAUGGCUCCAGUCACUAUCAGGCUAUGCGAAGUAAUGGACCUCGAUCCGGUGCCCAUACUAAUGUCUAUGGUGCUGUUUAGUAAUAUUGGUGGCACGGGCACACCGGUGGGAGACCCGCCUAAUGUGAUCAUCGCUUCUAAUAAGGCUGUUGUUCAGGCGGGUAUAAACUUCACAAAUUUCACGCUUCACAUGACAUUGGGUAUUUUAUUAGUGUCCGUACAGACGUACUUCCAGCUACGUUUUAUAUAUAGAGACACUAAUAAACUCCGUUUGAACGUCCCUAGGGAUAUACAGGAUCUACGUCACCAAAUUUCAAUAUGGCGUCGCGCGAUAGAAUCCCUCCCGCACUUAAGUAAAGACGCACAUGUAGUUAGAGAGAGAUUGGAAAGGAAAAUGGCGAAAUUAACAGCACAAUUGGAAGUCAUGGUCAAGGAAAGUACGAAACGAGUGUGUCCUAAAGACACGUUUCAUACCACGCUAGUGGAAUUGAAGGCUAAGUACAAAAUUCGGGACAAGAUGCUGCUACUGAAAUCGACGAUUGCCAUCACUUUCGUAGUCGCUGUCUUCUUCCUGCACUCGAUACCAGAGCUGAACCGCGUAUCGCUCGGUUGGACAGCUCUACUCGGAGCAAUAUUACUCCUAACUCUAGCGGACAGAGACGACUUAGAGCCGAUCCUGCAUCGCGUAGAGUGGUCCACUCUACUGUUCUUUGCAGCACUUUUUGUGUUAAUGGAGGCAUUAUCAAAACUGGGCUUGAUAGCAUUCAUAGGAGGUCUAACUGAGUCCUUGAUUCUGAAAGUUGAUGAAAGUGCUCGACUUGCUGUCGCUUUAGUUCUGUUGUUGUGGGUAUCGGGUGUGAGUUCAGCGUUCGUAGACAACAUACCGCUCACAACAAUGAUGGUGCGAGUGGUGACGGCUCUGGGUUCGAAUCCCGCGGUCAAUUUGCCGAUGCAGCCUUUGAUAUGGGCUCUCUCGUUUGGGGCUUGUCUUGGUGGUAAUGGAACUCUAAUAGGCGCUAGCGCUAACGUAGUAUGCGCAGGAGUGGCCGAACAACAUGGCUACAGGUUCACGUUCAUGCAGUUCUUUAGAGUCGGCUUCCCGGUCAUGAUCGGCCAUUUGAUUGUGGCCACCGCUUAUCUUUUGCUCUGUCAUUGUGUAUUUACCUGGCAUUAGAUUUUGGAGGUAUAUUACAACUAGCUGUGCCCCCCGGUUUUACCCGGAUUGCUCCACUCCUGUUGAUCUUAGUGUGAUGAUAUAUAGCGUAUAGCCUUCCUCGAUAAAUCGGCUAUCUAACACAGAAAUAAUUUUUAAAAUCGGAUCAUUAGUUCCUGAGAUUAGCGCGUUCAAACAAACUCUUCAGCUUUAUGAUUUUAGUAUAGAUUUGGCUUGAAUUUGGGUUAGAAAUCUGGAAUUUGUAUAUUAAUAUUGCCAAGAUUGAGCCUUCAAAAUCUCUAUGCGAUUCAACUAAAAAUAGGAUUGAUUCUACCCCAUUUUGUGACGUCAUAAGUGUUCGUUUAAACGAAUUAAUAAUGAGAAACAGAGAUUGUAUUUAAAUUGGAUGUAAGAGUGAGACAAAAUUAACGUUAUUGAAUUGCAAAAAAAUACCUCUGAAAAACUAUAUUUUUUAAAUUUAUUUGACACCAAAGGAGAAUGCCCAUUUUUGGUCCUGGUUUUUUUCAUGCAUCAAGACAACAAUACUAUUAAAAAAAAUCUCAGCAAUU